UAUUAGUCCAGAAGUGUUUAAAUACGGUUAUAACUUUUGUUCUUAUUUAAAAAAAUUUAUGAGUAGUACAUAACUAGAUUUUAUUAUUUACUACAAUAAAUCUAUAAUCAAUUGAAUUGGUAACAAAAUGCAAUCUUUGGAACCUAUAAAUUACAGCGAAAUAAGCAUUAAGGUUCCCUGGGGCCAUAUAAGUGGUCGCUGGUAUGGUGAUCAAAUGGAAAGACCUAUCUUAGCCCUACAUGGUUGGCUAGAUAGUUGUGGAACAUUUGCAAAGUUAGCUUCUCUUAUUGCUCCAUAUCGUAGUAUAUUAUGCAUAGACUUACCUGGACAUGGUCAUUCCUCACAUUUACCAGUUGGCAUGCUCUAUCAUAAUAUAGAAUUCGUGCGAGUUAUUCUACGCAUAAUGCAGACCUACAAAUGGAAAACUGUUAGUUUAAUGGGUCAUUCUAUGGGCGGUUCUGUAUGCUUUCAUUUUGCUGCCUUCUAUCCGGAUCGUGUUGAUAUGGUCAUAAGUUUGGAUAUAAUCAAAAACUAUUACUGGGAACCACACAUAUUUCCCACCGUAAUAAGACAUUCCAUUGAAAAGGCUUUAGUUGACAAUGAACGCCUACAAAAAGAUAAUCCCUCAGAGCCUCCUAGUUACUCCUUUGCAGAAUGUGAACAACUGCUAUAUGAAGGUUCUUUGGAAUCGGUAGAAUUGGAAAAUUGUAAAUAUAUAUUGGAGCGUAAUAUACAAAAAUCGGAAUUAUAUCCAGAUAAAUUCUAUUUUUCACGUGAUGGCCGUAUGAAAUAUUUAAGUGAAAUGAAUCCCAAUUGGGGUUUAAGUCUCGAAAUGGCUAAACGAAUUUGUGAUCAUUUUAUGCCUUAUUUGGUAAUAAAAGGUGGUGAAUCAAGAAAUAUCAGUGCUAAAGCUACACAAUUAGACGAGUUUAUGGUUAAGAAUAAUAAAAAUUUUGAAUGUCAUAUUUAUCCAAUGGGUACACAUCAUUUGCAUUUGAAUAAUCCCAAACCGGUGGCACAAUUGAUAAUACAAUUUUUGCAUAAAUAUGAAGAAAAUUAUUCGAAAUUGGAAAAAUCGAAACUUUAAUUAAUUUAAAUUAAAGUUAAUUUUAUAUAUUAAACUUAAUUUUAUAUAUUAAACUUAGUAAAGUUGG